GCGGACUAAGGACUGCGCCUGCGCAUGAUAGGGGCGUGGCCCAGCGGACCAGGGCAGGAAAAGUGGCAAAGCCGGAGCUGGAAUAGGAACUGGAGUAGCUUCCCGGCCGCCGCCGCUGGACCAUCUCACACCCCGCGAGGCCGGGGCGACCGGGGAACGAGCCGAGGAGGCGAGUCCUGGAAACAACACUUGUUCCACUGGGGCAUCUUCUCUGGAUCGAGCUAUGGUGAAAGAUGUUUCGCAAAGGCAAGAAGAGACACAGCAGCAGCAGUUCCCAGAGCAGUGAAAUCAGUACAAAGAGCAAGUCUGUGGAUUCCAGCCUUGGAGGGCUUUCCAGAUCCAGCACUGUCGCCAGCCUCGAUACAGACUCCACGAAAAGCUCAGGACAGAGUAACAGCAAUUUAGACACAUGUGCUGAGUUCCGAAUAAAGUAUGUUGGUGCCAUCGAGAAACUGGCCGUGUCUGAGGGGAAGAGCCUUGAAGGACCACUAGACUUGAUAAAUUACAUAGAUGUCGCCCAGCAAGAUGGAAAGUUGCCUUUUGUCCCUCUGGAAGAGGAGUUCAUUCUGGGCGUUUCUAAGUACGGCAUAAAAGUCUCGACCACGGAUCAGCAUGGUGUUCUGCAUAGGCAUGCCCUGUAUCUAAUCAUCCGGAUGGUGUGUUACGACGACGGCCUGGGAGCUGGGAAAAGCUUGCUGGCACUCAAGACCACAGAUGCAAGCAAUGAAGAGUACAGCCUGUGGGUUUACCAGUGUAACAGCCUGGAGCAAGCCCAAGCAAUCUGCAAGGUCUUAUCCACAGCGUUUGACUCUGUGUUGACCUCUGACAAGUCCUGAACUCUGCAGGCAAGUGGAAACUGACCCACGGAGCUUACCUGUUCCUACAUCUAUCUGCAGCUGUGGACUAUUAGAGGGUGUAACGCCCUGACCCGGUUUUCUAAAGUGUAAUGUAUGAAAUAUUGGUUUUAUACUAAAUGGUGUUAACAGUAGGUCAACUUCCAAUAAAUUACCUGCUUCCUGGACAAAAGAGAAACCUUGGGAUCUGGACAGAUGGCUUGGUACUUAAGAGCAUCUGCAGAGGACCUGGGUUCAGUUCCCAGCACCAAUAUGGUGGCUCAAAACUGUCUGUAACUCCAGUGCCAAGAGAUCCAAUUCCCUCUUCUGGCUUCCUCAGGUACCAGGCAUACAUGUAUACAUACAUACAGCCACUCACACAUGCACAUAAAACAUAAAAUCUAAGAAAGAUAAAGAAACCUCUGUUGCCAUCCCAGGUUGCUCUGAAUGACCUGCACCCUGUAGCUUCCCAGGGACUUGGGAUCACUUGCUUGGAACUGAGCCAUGCAGAGGUUUGGACUGGGGAACCUCAGUUACACGUGACCUUAGAGUGACGAUGUCAGCUUGGGACGAAAAGCACCCUACCAGAGAGGUACUGUCAAGACAAUACCCUUAGUUUAUCACAGAGUUAGAAGAGCCUUGGAGGACGCCUGCUGGUUGCUGGGUGCCAGUAGCUAAUACUUUACAGAUGAGAACCAUGUCCAUUUAAAAGUACUUUAUUUUUUUUCCAGUCAAAUGACUGGUUAACAGGAAGUCAAUUUAUUAAACAUGCUCUAAUUAUAAAUCACUGCAUUAAGGACAAUGAAAAUAAUCCGUUUAGGUUAUACAGUAUAUACAGUUGCGCUGCAACUAGACCAAAGUAAUCAAGUGAAUGAAUUGAAUAUCAUACAUCUCAAAAUAGCAUUCUAGGCUGCAGGUCAUUCUCCACCCUCAGUAGAUCACAUUAGUCUGCGCACCCUAUUUCUGAGUCAUUGUCCCUCCAAGUCAGACCUGAUGGAAAGCGGCAAAAAAAAAAAAAAAAAAAAGUCCGAAUUCCGCAGCUGACUCUUGUGAAAUGUAAACUUUAAAUAUAAAUAGAUAUCUACAA